AUGCGGGUAGCGGGCGACCAGAUGAGUAAAAGGUGCGCAGAUCGACAACUUUUGGGCAUACACGGCGAAGGCCGGCUACGGCAUAAUUCCAAUGACGUAGCGACGAGAACAACCUCGAUGGGUCUGCCGACGUUUCCCACCUCUCGACUGCCCCCAGCCCUGAUCCCGGUCAUCGUCGAUCAUUUGGACAUGCGCGAGAUGGUCGUGUUGCAACGCGUCAACACGGAGUUCAGGUCGAUGGUAAAUGCUCGAUGUCUGUUGCCACGACGAAUCUUAGAGGUCAAUAUCAGAGGCCAUAUGGUGAUAGAUGAGACUAUGAUUCAGGACGAACCGGCCGACUCGAAGCUGUUGGUGCAAGCAGCGCGUAUCCAGAUUCACUGCUUCGAUCGGUCCUCGCUCAAAUUAUUCAGUGGCAAUCAGCUCUUGUUCAAACAAAACCUUCAACGGAUGGGACUAGAAGUGCCUUUUGCGAAGUUCCUCGAGCAUCUGCCCCGACGAUAUCUGGCGGCUGGGAUGGUGAUGGUUACGAUCGUAGAUGAUCCGGGAUAUGUAGACCCCCUCCUGCCCCUAUCGAACACCCCAAGCCAACGUGAUGUUCAGCUCAGUGAUAUCGGCCCGUUUCUCCUUGCCCUGGCCAAAUGUGACGCUCUGUAUCUGCAUCUGGAGAGUUUUUCCCAAUUUCGAAAUUGGCAGGCGAACUACCACCAUCAAAAUGCGGACAAUGUUCUUCGCUUAAAGGACGAGAGGUUUCUCCGCUGUCAGCAAUGUCGGAUGCGCUACGGUACGCGCGCACCGUGGAACUGUGCCGUUUGCGAGAAAGUGUGGGAUGGGAACCUGGGCCGCGGGUGGAAGUGUGGAAGUGCGCGGAUGGUGGCCUGCUUCGAACUCGGCCGAUGGGAUUUCGACGAGCUUGCACAGUACAUGGAUUUUACAAUACGCCCAAAACGUGAGCAUCAACCCGGAAUUAUUCAUUUGAUGUCGAUGGAGAAUCGGGACGACUUCUAUACAUUUUUGAAUUCGUACGAAAAACGGCUUCGAACGGUUCAUAAUGGCCGGCUGGAAUUUCUGGACGCAACACGGGAAGAGGCCAAAAUACUCCAAGUAUGGAUAAAGGACUGCAUGGCUGUGCACUACGGACCACUAUCGGGAUAUCCGGAAGAUAGCUGCAUUUAUUACUGCCAAAUCAGCGUCUAUGGAAAUUAUUUCCUCGUCGCAUUUCUAUGGGAAGGUUUAAUAACUGUAUGCAUUUAUGACAAA